CAGCCUCCCCCUCCUUCCUUCGCUUCCAAGUCACCCGCCGCCCAUUUCUGCCCCCCCCCCCAAAUCCGCCGUCUUCUUCCCAUCCGAAUCGGCGCCGGCGAUCGCUCCGCUCGCUUCCGGAUUCCCGCUCGCGGAGCUCGGGCUUUCAAGGUCAGUUCUUUGGACUUUUGGGGGAUUGUUCAGUUAACUUAGGGGAGAGAGUGUUUCGUUUUAACCGAAUUAGGAGGUCACGGUCUCAUGAGAAUUGAUAGGGGAAUGCAGAGACUGAUUUGCGCGGCAGAGAAGAGCUCGCUGUUGGGCUGGAAGAAAUCCUUCAGCCGCGGUAUCUGCGUCACCACGCCUAAGGCCAGGACGCGCGACAAACCUCUCGGUAUGGUGUCGGGUCUCUAAAGAGGAGCGAGCUCGGGGAGGCGGGGGCGCGCAAGAAGGUUUCUCUUUGCUGGCGAAAGUGACGAUAAAACACCUGCACGACGAUGACUCGGAUCUUGGUUCAGAGAGGCUCGGGUGGUUCCUCAUCGAAUCCGAGCCGUUCUUCUUCCUCAGCUAGAACAGAGCCACAGCCCUCUGCUACUGCUUCGGUUGUUUCUGCUGCAAAAGAUGAGGAGAGUGAGGAGGAGGUAUCAGAACAAGUUGUUGUGGAUGAGCUGUCGGAAUACUAUUGUGGCGGUGACAGUACUGCUGUGAAAAGCGAUGAACAUGUGGAAGGAUAUCAUGCUGAUCAGGAUGAGAACUUGGGUAAUGAGACUCAUGAUGGUGAGCUUUUGGUUAGUGAUGACCCUCCUAGUUCAGAGGAAGUCUCGAAAGGAUUAGGCGGGCUGAAGCCUGUUGAUCUAAAAGAGAAUGAGGGCACAAGCAACUUGCAAGGUGCUGUUGGGAGUCUACAUCCGCCACCUCCUCCAGCCCCACCAAGGCCAUUUGUCGCAAACUCAAACUUAAGGAGAGCUCCGCAGGGAAGCUCAAAUCCCGCACGACUUGGUCCUUCCAGAAGAUCGGUUGCCUGGCCUGUUGUUUCAGCUCGAACUUCACCUACUGGGUCACGGCCUUCUUCUCCAAGAUCUCACUGUGAAAGUGAGGGUUAUAACAGUGCGGAUGAGCAGGGACCAUGCUUUGUAUCUUAUGAUGAUUUGGAAAGAGAACGUCAGUUCGAGAUUGAAAUUGGGAGGAUAAAGGGUUUGGAAGUCAAAAGAAUGUUGGAGGAUGGGAAUUGUCUCUUCCGUGCUGUUGCAGAUCAAGUUUAUGGGGACUCUGAUGAGCAUGGUCUUGUCCGGCAAAUGUGUAUAGACUAUAUGGAGCAUGAAAGAGAUCACUUCUCUCAGUUUGUCACUGAAAAUUUCACCCAAUACUGCCGAAGAAAGAGAAGAGACAAGGUAUAUGGGAACAAUGUGGAGAUCCAAGCAUUUUGUGAGAUUUAUAACCGACCAAUACAUAUCUAUUCCUACAGCACAGAGCCUAUCAAUAUUUUCCAGGGAAGCUACAAUACCGACACGCCACCCAUUCGACUUAGCUACCAUCAUGGGAAUCAUUAUAAUUCUCUUGUGGAUCCACGUCGUUUGGCAAUUGGUGCAGGACUUGGAUUCGGCUCUUUUCGCGGGACAAAUGUCGACAAAGAUCAAGUAAAGGCAGCCAUCAAAGCUCAGCAAGAUCAGCAGAUUGAUAAUGCUCUUUUGGCUGAGGGUCGCUUUUGGUCUGACCUUGAGUUGACUGAGAAGGAAAUCGAGCGCAUGGUUAUGGAAGCUUCUCGGGCUGAGUAUCUCGCCAGUGACAAACUCAGGAAACAACCUGGUAUUCGAGACUCUUCUACUUCUAGUGCGGAACCAUCAUCUUCUGGUGGAACACCUUCAGGUAGUGAGAUGAGGAUGGGGAGUGGAAGAGAACAUGGUUCCCAGCAUAAUGUUCUGAGCAGCAGUAUGCAGGUUGUGCUGUCCAUGGGAUUCACUUAUCUCCAGGCGAUCGACGCGUACAGUAUAUUUGGCGAUGAUGUGGACUCCAUGGUAUGCUAUCUCUUAGAGACUAGUAGCAGUAGGCGCAAAGGCAAGGCAACGGAAUGAGCUGGAAUGCCAGGAGUAUCCAUAAGGUGUAUCAGUGCUUCGGUUCGUGCUCUGAUUGGUGCGGAAAAGCUUUUGUUCUUAUUGAGCAGAAACCUGCCGACACUUUGUUUUAGCUUUAUGUUAGUUUUCUUUGAAUAAAUGUUCUCUUCGUCUGACUUUGAUUCCGGGCAUAUUGUUCUCGUAACUGCUGAAGCAUUUGAGAAUAAGAAUUUGCAAAACGAUAUUCGGGUCGGUCGCUCUUUAUUUCA